AAAUGAGUUUCCAGGAUUAAUUAGUUAAUUAAUUAGAAAUUACAAAGAUGGUUCAACUAAUAGCGGUAGUGUUUUUGAUCCAUCUUUGUGUACUACAAACGGCAAUACAAUCGGGCGAUGCCUGUAGAAUAUCGGAAUUUAUGUGCAAGGGAGGCAAAUUGUGUCUGCCACUCGAUAGGUAUUGCGAUGGGAGAGACGAUUGCGGGGAUCGGAGUGACGAGCCGAAGCAUUGCACAGUUUGCAAUCGGACGUAUUACGGCGACGUUGGCAGAACAUACGCGAUAAGAGUCCCACCGCCACAAUGGAACAAACUGCCAUUUUUGUGUCAUUUAACGUUCACUGCCUCCGGACACGAUAACGGAGAUAUUGUACAGAUAAUUUUCGACUCGUUCUCCGUAGGACGCUUUGACGAGGGAUUAGUUGAUAGUGAUUUAGAAAAUGGGGAUGCUACUGCAUUAAUAUCCAGUCAGCUUGUUGGUGAAUUGCCAGGAUGCCCCGAAGGAUUUAUGCAGUUGAGCGAAUUGGGACGUCCUUUCACAGGCGGAUCGUGGUGCGGCAAAGCCAGUGGUCAUCAAUUAUAUUUCAGUGAGACAUCAACAGUAACGGCAUCAGUAAAGGUAUUUCAUGCGCCAAUGCAGACAGCCACACCGUUCGAAUUCAGCAUUCGCUACAAGUUUAUUCCACAAUCAGAAGCCAUUGUUCGAUACGGUUCGCCAAACGAGCUGCUCGAACUGGGCAAAGUUACGCCGGGCACGUAUUGCACGCGGCAAUUCGACGAAUGUUACCGCAAAAAGUGCCGUCUCCAAAGUCCCAAUUAUCCUGGCAUGUAUCCACGGAAUGUAACGUGCUACUGGACGAUACGGCAAAAAGUUGUGCCAACAUGUAAACAUGCGAUGGUGGCUGUGGGCCAAGAAAACGAACACAAAGCACUUGUUAAACGUUCCAUCGCCAGCUUCAACAAGACAUCAAAAUCCGUUCGUGCAUGGUCCGAUUGCACCGGCGAACGUGAUCAUCUCAUUUUCUACGACGGCAGUUCGACAAAUGAUCCUGUUCUUGCCAAGUAUUGCGGAGGCGACUGGUUACCGAAAGUUGUUUCACGUGGUCCCGAAAUGCUCGUUGCCUUCCAUUCAAGUCCGUUUUCCGCGCCAUUACAAUCCAGCAUCCCCAAUCGUGGCUUUGAGCUCGACGUGGAUAUCCUCUUUGCUGAUUCCGACUCUUACAACUACGCCAAAGGAAGUGCUGGCAAGUGCGAAUUUCACAUAAACGCAUCGAGUCCGGAUGAGGUUUUAAUGACGCGACGUGGUCGAAUGGGAACAAUUCUGAGUCCGAGACACACGCUGCCGCCAAAUACCACGUGCACCUACUACUUCCAUGGCAUCCCGACAGAUCUCGUAUGGGUUUCGUUUGCCAGCUAUCAUUUGCAGAUACUGCAGCCAUCAUCGAGUGACAACACAACCGUGGCACGGAACGAAAUUCCGCCCUGGAUUAUAAGAUUACGAAUUUACGACACUCUUGGCACGCAUUCGACAAUUGUCAAGACAACGACACCGAGCAGCAGCAUGUCUGGCGAUCGUCGACAAUCAAUGACGUCGCACAAUGGCACAACGAUGUUUAAUUACUACGCCUCGUCGCCAAAUCCGUUUGCCAGUGAGCAAUACAAGAUCAACGUUGACAAUGCGUGGAAUCCGGUUGACAAUUACAUUUACGGUCCAACGAGUAACAGUAUCUUUAAUCAAGUUUUGAAAGAUCCCAUGGAAGAAAGGGCAGCGAAGAAAGCGUCCCAAGGCUUGGGAAAGGGAAGUGAAAAGGAUAUUUUGAACGCUAUUAGAGACGGAAAAUAUCCUUUUGAUAAAGAAGCGAAAAAAGCGAAGUAUUACGAAAGAAGUAAAGAACGAUAUUCUACGAAUCGCCGCUUGGUAGCUGAAUUCUAUGACAAUGAAACCCCGAAGCUUUGCGAUCACGUGAUCUUAGACGAUCAAACUGAAGAUAUUCGCGGCGCUCGGGGAUGUACUCCUCUUGAAUCGUACGUCAGUACAGGCAGAGAUAUGAAGAUUGAGUUUCACUCAUUGACCGGUACGGCGCUUUUUCCCGCCAUUUUCGAGAUGAAAUACGAAUUUGUCGAUACAGAUCUCGGCGGUGAGCCAUGGGCUGGAAAGAAAGAUGAAGAAGUUCCUCCUUUAUGUUCUCGAGUCUUUAGAAAACGAAAGGGAAAUAUCUCAGGACCUCGAAAUAUUUUCCUUCACGGAAGAGGAGGAGCAAAGAACAUCAGUUGUUUGUAUCGCUUCGAAGCGAAUAUUGGCGAAAGAGUCGUUUUGCAACUUCAUAACGUUUCCUUUGGCGAUAGUGCUCAAUGUAGUACUGAGCCAGAUCCGCAUACGCAACGCCCUAAAUGCACGGAACUGGAUGUGCUUGAUCCCGAGGCACGAAUUGGCGAGCUUAAAUUCUUCGAUGUACCACAAAAAGAUGUGAAAAUACCUUUAGGAUGUUUCUGUGAUAAUACAAGUAGUUCUAUUAGUUCUCCCAUUACCAUUCAAUCGCAUUCGCGCACGAUGGAACUCACGUUUUUCGUGACGCGUCUCAAUGCGAGCGAAGAUUUUGCCGACAUUUACUUUUAUGCGUCCUAUGAGUUUGUCCGUGUGCCCGAGUGUCGCAAAAAGACAAAACUAAAAGGCUCCGGAGGCGAGGAAAGUGUUGAAUGGCCCUUGCGACGAAGCGAUGCCACGUGCGAUGGUUUGCCGUGGGUCAUUGAAGCGCAAGAGGAGCAUCGGAGUUUGUUCAUUCAAACGUGGGGCACUUAUAUGCCCGUUAAUCCGACAAUUGAGGAUAUCGCAAGGUGUCCCACAAAGAGUAGGCUAGUUAUUCAUUCGGGCCGUCCUUUGAGAGUGAUGCGUGUGAUUUGCCCAUCGUCGCCGGGAGCAAGAGCCUCGGCGCUGCAGAUUUUCAGCGAAGAUUGGAUGAAUCAGCAACCCGGGCUGUUUACGAGUGGGCAACCGAUUACGAUGGUACUUGAGGCAAUUAAUCGCGACACGGGCAAAAUUGCAUUUUCUUGGCUCGAAAUUCAACGUACCAAGGCAUCGUUAAUCCAGCAAUUAGAUAUGCAAUCGAAUAAUACGCUUAAUGAGACGUAUGCCGCAUUUGGCUUGCUACCAAAAAUGGAGGAAUGUGAGCACAAGUGUCCCGAAAUUGAUGCCUGUAUUGGCAGGAGUUUGUGGUGUGAUGGUCGUCCAAAUUGCCCUUCCGGCUUCGACGAAUCGGAAGAUCAGUGCGGCGCCAUGAUCACUCUUCUCGAAUUUCCGGGCGGCGUGUUUGCCGUUCUCGGAUGCAUCGCUGCUGCCCUUUCUGCCUGCCUUAUUUUCUGCAUAUUAGGCAUGGUACGAAAACGCAAGAAGCCUGUUGAUGUGAAGCAACUCAAUGGCGGUUCACAUCAUCCGACAGGCACACUGACAAAACACUCGCAAAAUAAUUCACACAGUCACACGUACAAGAAGGAACCUUUCUUCUUCGAUCCUCCAGAUCCCUCCUGACACGGACUUCAACCGGUCGAGUAUAUUCACGUCGAUCGGGAGACAACAGUGUGACAAAAUUGUUGUCAAAUCGUUUUUGUAGACUAUUAAAAAAAUUCUUCUUACCGUAAAAAAUAAAUAGGAGAAGCAAAA